AAGAACUUCAGAGUGAAAAGAAGAACAACAACUAGCAAACAUGUUCCGCUACAAAACAACUAUACUUAUGGUUUUAUCUGCCUUAUUGGCAGUAGCUCAGGGUCAGGUCGUUUCGGAUGGUGCCUGCCCCGAUAAUGUAAAAUCCAUGGAAAGUUUUGAUGUGGAAAAAUAUUUGGGAACCUGGUAUGAGUAUAGCAAAUAUCCAGUUAAGUUUGAGGCCAAUGGCAAAUGUAUUACCGCCAAAUAUACUUUAAAUGCCGAUGGCACUGUUCAAGUAAAGAACAGACUAAUCAACACAAAAACGAAUACCUCUGAGGACAUUGAAGGUUUUGCCAAUUUAGUCUCACCUGGAAAGCUACUUGUUCAAUUCCCUGUAUCACCUGCCCAUACAGUGUCUAGCAAUUAUUGGGUCUUGAAGACCGACUAUGACAAUUAUGCUGUAGUCUAUUCUUGCAAUCCCAUGGGAGAGAAUUCCCAUUCAACCAUUGUCUGGAUUUUAACUCGUGAGCGUAUUCCCCGCUCUAGCUACAUUGAAAGAGCUAUCAGUGUGCUUUAUCAGUAUGAGAUUUCUUUGUUACCAAUAACGACCACAGAUCAAGCUUCUUGCGAUAAUGUUUAGUAUUAGAAAUUUUGAAUACUAAAGGAGCAAGAUUUGUUUUGAUUAAAUAAAUAAUCAACCGA